GUCCCUGGCCUUUCAAGAGGACCAUUGGUGCUGCCGUGAAGCCAGUAGCUAAGUCUCGUGUAUGGCGUGGUUACGGUUGCAGCCUCUUUCCUCUGCCUUCCUCCAUUUUGGGCUGGUUACUUUCAUGCUUUUCCUGAAUGGUCUUCAGGCAGAGGCUGGUGGCUCCGGGGAUGUGCCCAGCACAGAACAGAACAAUGAGUCCUGUUCAGGGUCUUCAGACUGUAAGGAAGGUGUCAUCUUACCAAUCUGGUACCCGGAGAACCCUUCCCUUGGGGACAAGAUUGCCAGGGUCAUCGUCUAUUUUGUGGCCUUGAUAUACAUGUUCCUUGGAGUAUCCAUCAUUGCUGAUCGCUUCAUGGCAUCUAUUGAAGUCAUUACCUCUCAAGAAAGGGAGGUGACUAUUAAAAAGCCCAAUGGAGAGACCAGCACUACAACGAUUCGGGUCUGGAAUGAAACUGUCUCCAACCUAACCCUUAUGGCACUGGGUUCUUCUGCUCCUGAGAUCCUCCUCUCUUUAAUUGAGGUGUGUGGUCAUGGGUUCAUUGCUGGUGAUCUUGGACCUUCCACCAUUGUAGGCAGUGCAGCCUUCAAUAUGUUCAUCAUCAUUGGCAUUUGUGUCUACGUGAUCCCUGAUGGAGAGACUCGAAAGAUUAAGCACCUACGUGUCUUCUUUGUCACUGCUGCUUGGAGCAUCUUUGCCUAUAUUUGGCUCUAUAUGAUCCUGGCAGUCUUCUCUCCUGGUGUGGUCCAGGUUUGGGAAGGCCUCCUCACUCUCUUCUUCUUCCCAGUGUGUGUCCUUCUGGCUUGGGUCGCAGAUAGGCGACUGCUCUUCUAUAAAUACAUGCAUAAAAAAUACCGCACAGAUAAACACCGAGGAAUUAUCUUAGAAACAGAGGGUGACCACCCCAAAGGAAUUGAGAUGGAUGGAAAGAUGAUGAAUUCUCACUUUCUAGAUGGAAACCUGGUUCCCCUGGAAGGGAAGGAAGUUGAUGAGUCUCGCAGGGAGAUGAUCCGGAUUCUCAAAGAUCUGAAGCAAAAACACCCAGAGAAGGACCUAGAUCAGCUGGUGGAGAUGGCUAAUUACUAUGCCCUUUCCCACCAACAGAAGAGCCGCGCCUUCUACCGGAUCCAAGCCACCCGUAUGAUGACUGGUGCAGGUAACAUCCUAAAGAAACAUGCAGCUGAACAAGCUAAGAAGACCUCCAGCAUGAACGAGGUACAUACUGAUGAGACCGAAGACUUUGUCUCCAAGGUUUUCUUUGAUCCAUGUUCUUACCAGUGUCUGGAGAACUGUGGAGCUGUACUCCUGACUGUGGUGAGGAAAGGUGGAGAUACAACCAAGACCAUGUAUGUAGAUUACAAAACAGAGGAUGGAUCUGCUAAUGCAGGGGCUGACUAUGAGUUCACAGAAGGCACUAUUGUUCUGAAGCCAGGGGAGACCCAGAAAGAGUUCUCUGUGGGUAUCAUUGAUGAUGACAUUUUUGAGGAGGAUGAACAUUUCUUUGUGAGGUUGAGCAAUGUCCGCAUGGAGAAUGAACAGCCAAAGGAGGAUGUACCUCCAGCAAUACUCAACAGUCUACCCUUGCCUUGGGCUGUCCUAGUAUCCCCUUGUGUGGCCACAGUCACCAUCUUGGAUGAUGACCAUGCAGGCAUCUUCACUUUUGAAUGUGAUACUAUUCAUGUCAGUGAAAGUAUUGGUGUCGUGGAGGUCAAGGUUCUGCGGACAUCAGGUGCCCGGGGCACAGUCAUCGUCCCUUUUCGGACAAUAGAAGGGACAGCCAAGGGUGGUGGUGAGGACUUUGAAGACACAUAUGGGGAGUUGGAAUUCAAGAAUGAUGAAACUGUGAAAACCAUAAGGGUUAAAAUAGUAGAUGAGGAGGAAUACGAAAGGCAAGAGAAUUUCUUCAUUGCCCUUGGUGAACCGAAAUGGAUGGAACGUGGAAUAUCAGCACUCCUGUUGUCUCCAGAGGUUACAGACAGGAAACUGACUGUGGAGGAAGAGGAGGUCAAGAGAAUAGCAGAAAUGGGAAAGCCAAUAUUGGGUGAACACCCCAAACUAGAGGUCAUCAUUGAAGAGUCCUAUGAGUUCAAGAGUACGGUGGACAAAUUGAUCAAGAAAACAAAUCUAGCCUUGGUUGUGGGAACUCAUUCCUGGAAGGACCAGUUCAUGCAGGCCAUCACUGUCAGUGCAGCAGGGGAUGAGGAUGAGGAUGAAUCAGGCGAAGAGAGACUACCAUCCUGCUUUGACUAUGUCAUGCACUUCCUGACGGUCUUCUGGAAAGUGCUGUUUGCCUGUGUGCCCCCCACAGAGUACUGCCAUGGCUGGGCCUGCUUUGUUGUCUCCAUCCUCAUUAUUGGCAUGCUCACUGCCAUAAUUGGGGACCUGGCCUCCCACUUCGGCUGCACCAUUGGUCUCAAGGAUUCUGUCACAGCUGUUAUUUUUGUGGCAUUUGGCACCUCUGUUCCAGAUACAUUUGCCAGCAAAGCGGCUGCCAUCCAGGAUGUGUAUGCAGAUGCCUCCAUUGGCAACGUAACAGGCAGCAACGCAGUCAAUGUCUUCCUGGGUAUUGGUUUGGCCUGGUCCGUGGCCGCCAUCUACUGGGCCCUGCAGGGACAGGAGUUCCACGUGUCAGCUGGUACACUGGCCUUCUCUGUAACCCUCUUCACCAUAUUUGCAUUUGUCUGCAUCAGCGUGCUCUUGUACCGGAGGAGACCCCACCUGGGUGGGGAGCUGGGUGGCUCUCAUGGCUGCAAGCUGGCCACAACUUGGCUAUUUGUGAUCCUGUGGCUCCUCUAUAUACUCUUUGCCACACUGGAGGCUUAUUGCUACAUCAAAGGGUUCUGAGCCACAGAGCAAGGCCUUGAGCAGGGCAGGCCUAGACUUCUCCUAAGAGAAGGGCACCCUAACCCCCACCAGUGACCUCUCCAGAGAGAACAACCUGAAGAGGCAGCAUCAGGAAUUGUGCCCUGGAGCUUCAUCCAACCUAGGUCCUGGCAGUGAACUGAAAGGGCAAAGUCUUAAGCAAACAGAAUGGAGAAAACACCCACUUUAGAAAGUAUUUAAUGAAGUACAAACUGAUAAUAGCAACAAAUCCACCUCUACUCUGUCUUCCUACCUAUUUCCCCAUCCCAUAGCAAAGGUCAGAACCUUUCACCAUCUUAUAGUCCACCUUUAUUCUAGUUCUUCCUUCACUUCUAGUUUCCUUGGAGGCAUCAUUUCUCUUGUCCAAGUCAUUAUAUCACUCUUCUCUCACUCAGCUGGCAAAGUGUGGAAAUGAAGCAUGACCAUAUGUCUGACUUGGGGUCCUCUGUGUUUGUAAUCAUUACUGUGGAUGGUUUUUCAUUUUCCAUCAGGUUUUUCUUAUU